AUGAUCCCACGAAACAUUGGGCUCGGCCCCAGGGCCAUGCCUGGUUUGAGAGCCCGAAGCAGCGCGCUCAAUCGACCGUUACUCGUCUCACUAUGGAAGACACGAUGGACGCCGAUAGCUUGGGAGAGCACCACCACCACCGCAGGUGUCGACAAGAGCGGCCACAUAGACGCGGCACCCAACGAGUCCAUCCUGUGGUUCGACAACCUAUUUCCCCUGAAGCUGUCUGGCUUGAUGCGAAUGCCGUGGAAGAGCCCCGAACGAGACCUUGGCGAGCUCAUGAGACGUUUCGAGAACUCAAGCUUGGGAAUAAUGGACCCCAUCAACAUGGUCAAGCGUGCUCUGCCCAAAGACGUCCCGGUCAAAGUCACAGAGAUCCUCCCUCGACUCAAGGAUGGCGGCGCGUUUGUCAAGUUCACACAUCCAACAGACAUGUCGGCGAAAGAGAUCGAAGGGACGGUGUCCAAGGUCCUGGAAGAGAAGCCUGUGAGGCCGUUCUUCAACCCCUUCAGAGGGGUCCAGGCAGGCCUGGUCAAGGGUGUGCCUUGGCUUGAGGAUUUGCACAGAUUCCCCAAGCAACGGCUGCGCGUCGAGUUCGUCCCCAAGAACCCCGGAGAGGAAGCGGUCGAGCUAUCGCAAGAAACACUAUUCAGCCUCUUCCGUCGAUACGGAAAGAUUGCCGAGAUCACAUCGCAGCCUUGGGAUUCCAAGGUUCUCCCCAAGUUCGCCUACGUCGAUUUUACUUCCGUGAGAGACGCCAUCAUGGCUCGGAAUUGCUUGCAUGGCUUCGUCGUCACCGAGGCAUUGGGAGGCGGCAAGUCGGGGACAAGGUUCCGCAUGUCCUACGAACAGAAGGUGAAAACUCAUCGGUACUGGGACUGGAUCCAAAAUCACCCCAGAAUUGUCAUUCCUGUUCUCGUCGCACUACUUACAGGUCUCACUGUUGUCAUCUUCGACCCCAUCCGAGCAUUCUUCGUGAAGGCUCAUGUAUCCGGCAGGUACCGUUUGAGAAACAACAGACUGUACAGAUGGCUUCGGAAGCAGACAUCCGAUAUCUUUGCGUUUAGAAGACACAAGGCGGAGCAGGCAGGCCUCAAUGAAGUUUGGACCGAACGAAAGGACCUCAUCGACCAGGUCCAAAGGUGGCUGAUGGAGACGGCCGAGACCUUCAUUGUCAUUCAAGGGCCUCGUGGUUCUGGAAAGAAGGAACUUGUUUUAGACCAAGCUCUGAAGGGACGAAGCAACGUAUUGGUCCUCGACUGUAAGCCCAUAGUCGAGGCCAGAGGAGAAUCAGCGACAAUCAAGAAGAUGGCAGCUGGCGUUGGCUAUCGCCCUAUCUUCUCGUGGGCAAAUAGCAUCAGCAGCAUGGUAGACCUAGCCGUGCAAAGCACCACCGGUGUCAAAGCAGGUUUCUCGGAGACACUGGAGUCUCAGCUCCAGAAGAUACUGGAGACGACUGCUGGUGCCCUUCAGGAGAUCGACGUAUCGCAUCGUCACAAGACAGACAGCGAUGCAUCUCUUCCCGUCGACGCAUACCUGGAAGCACAUCCGGAGAAGCGAGCUGUUGUUGUCAUUGACAACUUCUUGCAUAAGGGUGAUGGUAAUGCCAUCGUCUACGACAAGAUUGCCGAAUGGGCUGCCGCACUCGUGCAGUCCAAUGUCGCCCACGUCAUUUUCCUUACCAACGAUUCCUCCUACUCCAAAUCUCUCUCGAAAGCUCUUCCAGACCGCGUCUUGCGGCAGGCUGCUCUCGGCGACCUGUCGCCUGAAGUUGCCAAGCGGUUCAUUUUGAGUCACAUUGCUAGCGACAAUGAUCUCGCGGAGACAAAUGACUCAGAUGAUUCGGACGAUUCUAAAGAGAAGAAAUCGGAAUCUAAAUCACUGCCGGACCUAUCUGAGCUCGACAGCUGCAUCGGUACUCUUGGUGGACGUCUUACGGACAUUGAGUUUCUUGCACGCCGCCUCAAGACAGGCCAGCCGCCCAAGCAGGCCGUGGCCGAGAUCACCGAGCAGUCGGCGUCAGAAAUCCUCAAGAUGUUCCUCCUGCCCGGGAAGAAUUCUGGUGAUGGCGACCACAAGUGGUCUGUCGAGCAGGCGUGGUACCUGGUCAAGGCGCUCGCAUCUAACGACAGCCUCCGUUACAACGAAGUCCUUCUCUCCAACACUUUCGCAUCCUCCACCAGCGCACCCGAUGGCGAAUCGGCGCUUGAGGGCCUCGCCAACACAGAAUUGAUCACGGUGAAGAACCACAAGGGCCGUCCGCAGAAGAUCGUCGUCGGCAAGCCCGUGUACCAGGCAGCAUUCCGACAGCUGACCCGCGACCACGCGCUCGCCGCCAAGAUGGACCUCGCGGUGCUAACAGAGCUGACAAAGAUCGAGGGCAAGAACAUCGACAAGGCCGAGAACGAGCUGUCGCUUUUAGGAAGCCUGCCUAGACAGCCGGCGCAGGCGUCUCCUCGUGUCUCGUACCUCCUCGCAAAGCUCGAGACCGCGCAGAGCAAGGUUGAGAGUUACGAGAAGGAGAUGGCGGUUUUGAAGAAGGUGCUGGGUAAGGAGUACUAG